GUUUAUGUAGCUUACCAAUUCUAAGAAGACAAAUAACUAAUAGAAUAUAAAGUGUCACCUUUGCAAUAUUCAUUAAUGUCUUAAAUGGAGCUGGGACUUUUAUCAAUGGCAUAUUAUGUCUUGGUUUAUAUUUGUGAGCCUGCAAACAUCUUGAAUCGUGUUUAAGUCUAUUACUAUACCAUGAUCUUGAUGAUAUGUUAAGGAUACUUUUGACAGAUUAAAUUAAAUAUAUAGACUUACUAAGCAUGUACAGGGUUUUUGAUCUUCAAAUAAGGAAUACAUUUUUUUCUCAAGUGCUGUACACUAAAUGUGUGAUGUGAUUUCCAAGCAAAUUUUAUUUCAGAUAAGAAGCUUGCAAGAAAGAUAAAAAUGGUUUUAUGUGAAAACUAUAAGUUUUUACUAGUAGUUGGAUGAAAGGUGAAUUUAGGCUAUACAAACAUCUGUAGCCUGAGUUUAUGGUUCCUCUAACUAUUUAUUAGAGGCAAAUACAUAAUGUAAUUUGACCUCUGAAUGUAAAGAGAUUAAGUUUGAAUUCUACUAUCAGUGUGGUUAUUUGAAAUUGAACCAUCAUUUUUAUAUAGUCUUAAGUAUCAAGCGUGACUUUGCAUGGGUUAUGUAAUAUAACUGUCCCCGUUGUCUUGAGAUCAAAAGUACAGACAUACACUCUUGACAGACUAGAAAAAUUACCAUAUUUUUGUAGAGCAGUUGUAAUACAAAUCUAAAUAUCUUGAUUUCUUUUGUUCUCUCAUUAUCUGCACACACUGUAGAUGUUUUCUGAACACUAUAGUUCUGGUUUUUCUGUUUUUGGCCAUUCCAGGUGGCUUCUACCUAGGGAGAACACAUCUUUAGGCCAAGAAAGCUGGGUGUAUGCCCAGUGUUGGCAGCCUGCCUGGCUUAAACACAAAUAGUUUUACCAAGCGAUUCUUGCAAACCUAACCAUUUAAGUUGAUCACUUAGAGAACCCAGCCAUUUAGAUGAUUUGAAUGAAGAUGCAAUUUCUGUAUGGUUUAUGAAUAAAAUUAUAUCAUCAUUACCAUUAGUAACAAUUCUUGGUUUCAACUGUGUAGAAGAUAAUUUGGCAAAUUACAAAGGAAGUGGAAGAAGUUCAAGGUAAGGUUGAGACGGAACUAGCAUUACAAUGUUUUACAACACAAACAAACACACUCUGUAAUCAUCUAUAUAGCCAAAUGAAGCUUUAAAAAUGUGUUCACACACACAGAGCUAAGUUAAGGAUGUGCCCUUGGAGCAGAUCAGGUGGCAUUUAGUUGGAAAGGCGUCACCAAGUAGAGGAACACUCAGUUCUCAAGUACUGAAGGAUACUGACUUUUCCUGCCCUCUUUUAUACUUAGAAUCCUGUGCUUGGAAAGGAUAGAGCAAACCCAUAGCUCAGUGCUCAUAUUUCAACACUGGCAUGAAGAUCCAAGAACUAUAGGAUGUCACUUAUUUAUACACAGAUUAAAAUUAGGGCUAUGGUGGGUGCUAAAAAAUUCUUCUGUAUGUGUUUCUAAGGCUAUAUUAUAAUCUAAGGUGUCUAAAACCUUACCCACAUUAACUAUUCUAAAUAUCCUAUGUUGCCUGCCUCAUGCCAGCAGCCUCUCUCCAGCUGUUAGUGCACAUAGCAAUCUGUUAUAGAACAGUAGGGUCACCGGAGGACCUGCAGCCUUGGGGCAGAUUCAUCCUUGCCCAAGGCUCAGUGAUUCUGGCUCACAAUGACGCUCGAGUCUGUCACGUCAGCUGCUUACUUGAUAUCCUACUUACUACCUCUUGUCAGUUUAGGGCCUUCAAGACAUAGAUGCCAAAAUGGGGCUAAGCAUGUAAGGGAUUUACUGGGGGAAAUGUUUGUGGAGGAUAAGGAAGAAAACAGAAGUAGGCAAGGGGAGCCUUCAGAGCCCAACGUGGGUCCAGUGCCCGUGAGAGGAGACAGAAGACAGAUUGGAUGGGAAGAGUCUCCAAUUGCAACACAAUUCUGAGACAGUCUCAGGUGGGCUGAUGAAAAUCCCUGAGCAGGAGUUGCCCACUAGAGGAGUGUCCUAUGUGGAACAAGAACUGGCUGGCUUGAGUAGGCAGCCCCAGGAGGAACAUGGUCUCCCAGGAGCCACAGGUGCAGCAAUGGGCAGUGUUGGGCAACUCUGCUCCUUGUGGCAGGUUCUCUUAAUCUGAGUGGCACACCAGGGUAAUAUGUAUUUAAAAUAAUUUUCCUUUACAGGUUUGCCCUUCCACCUAUAUUUUCGAUCUCACUCAAUGGCAACAUCACUCCCCAGGCUACCCAGAAACCUGGAAUCAUCCUGAUUUUCUCCCUUUCCUUUACACCCUUCAUCAUUACAUCUCAUUGAUUUUACAUUCCUGAUAUGUUUCCCUACCCCUUGUUCCAUUUCCACCAUCACUUACCUUGAUUCAGUUCUUCAUUAUCUCUGCUCCUGACUGCUGUUAACCACCUUCUAAUUGGCUGUCUCGCUCUGGGCCAACUCCCUUUCUUUACCCUCUCUAGUUCUUUUCCCACACUGUAACCUGCACUGCAUGAUCUUUUAAAAAUCCAAAUCUUGUCACAUUUGUCUUCUGCUUAAAAUUCUUCAGUGCCUCAUUAUUUCUUACAGGAUAAAAUCAAGGCUUCUUAGUAUGGUGUAAUGUGUUUUACCUUGUGCUACUAUCCUCAUUUAUCCUAUAUUCUGGUUCUCAGGGUUUCCAAAGUUGGUCAGGAGACUUUUUGCCAGUGGGCUUUUGCACAUGUCAUUUCCUGUGUAUGGCAGGUCUUCCCUUCUCCUAUUUGACAAACUCAUAAUUAGGAAGGCUCAGAUAAGUCUUUCCUGAGCUCUCUGAGAGGUGGAACUUUCUAUUUUUGCAUUGCCUACUGAAGUCUCUGUUAUAGCACUUUUACUGAACCUCUCUUAUAUAGCACUUGGUCUGCCUUCUAAUUCAUAGUGCCCAGGUACUUAAUAAGUGAGUGAAUGAAUGAAUGAAUGAAUUACCUAUAACAUAACCGUAUUGGCUGACUUAAAUUUGCUCAUGAGUGAUGAUCUUGUAUUUCUGAUCAUAAGUCAGUUGACUCACUUCAGGACCUAAUAUAAUGUUCUACUCAAGGCGUCACAUUAAAAAUUUUCAGGAGCAUCUUCAUAAAUCUUUGCAGAAUUGGAUUAAUGGGUAAUAUGGUUUUUAUAAACAGUAUUGCAUUAAUAUAUAUGGAAAUUUAUGUAAUUCUACCACUGUUUUAAGAAACCUAUCAAACUAUAGUCUGAGGCAAUAUAUUUAAUAUACUAGUUGGAGUACUAUAGCACAUAUAAUUACUAAAGUGAGAAUAAUAUAUUAACACAUUUUAAACAUUUUACAAGUAACAUGAAUAAUUAUCUUCCAGAUAAGACUAAUACAUUUUCUACAUGUUGAAUAAAAAUAACUCUUGAAUAUAGCAGUCUACUUCAGAUGUCUUCAAAACUCAGAUUUGAAUGUCAAGUUUGAAUGUCAAUUGUCACCCCUAGGGGAGGCAUACCACCACUUUGAAAGCACACAAGUUCAUACUUGGCUCCUUGACCCAAGGCCUUCAUUUAGACUCUUGUCAUUUUUCAUCUAGAUUGUUCCAAUAAUCUUCUAAUUAGCUUGUAAGGUCACCAGUUCUUCAGCUCCUGUCAGAUGUAGUUCUUAAAUAUCAAAUCUGAUCAUGUCAAUUCCUGUUCUAAUAAUCUUUAUUAGCUCCUCCUCACCUUAUAGAACAAAGGUCAAUGUUGCACAUAAAUUUAAUCCCAACCUACUUCUUCAGGCUUAUUUUCUAUAGUUCCCCUCCAUGCACCUUGUGUAAUAUUGAUUAUAAUCCUUAAAGACACAAUCCAAAAUGCCAUGAUCCUGAAUGUUGAAAUCCCCAAAGAACAAACGCCCUUACAUCUAAUUGAAUUCCCAAACCGUAAUGAUAGAUUUGGAAUUAGGUGCCAUCAGAACUUCUAAAGGUGGAUUUCAAGGUGUUAGCAACAGUUUCUUUUUCCAUUCAGCCCAAUACAUUUGCCGGAAAAUUCAGAUGAAUGGAUUGCCUGUAGAAUAUAGUAACAUGGAAACCUUCAGUUUAUAACGCAUUAUUUGUCUGCAUUGGCAUUCCUUCUAGCUGAUGAAGUUCUAGGAGGUCUUAAUGAGUUAAAGCUGAAUUUGCCUGAUGAAGCCAGCAAAGUUACUGACUCUAAAAUAACUAUGUGCAUGGUAGGAUAAGAAAGCACACAAUGAUGUUGCUGUUCGAUCACCAGUAUUGUUUCAGCCAAAUCUGUGGUCUGUAUAUGAGUGCAUGAGCAAAGGAUUUCCAUGUACCCAAAACAACAUAGAAGCAUGACACAGAAGAUAGGAAAUUUAAUAGAAAAUGCUCAUGUCAGUGUAUAUUGAAUAAAACUAGACUUUCAAAAAGAGCAGCAUCAUGUAGAAAAUCAAUGUGAAUGUAUUCUUCAAGAAGAGCCAUGUCCUAAAAGAAAAGAAACAGUUACUCAUCUCCACGCAAGACUUCAGAAUAGAGUUAAUGAUUGUGGAAGUCGGCCAGCUCUUAUGGGCUACCUCCGUGCAGUUGCCCAUAAUUUAUCCCUGUAAUACACUUUUUCAUAUGUUGAAUUUUCUUUUUAGUUUCUUUGGGAAGGUUUUGUUUUCUUUUUCCUUUUUUAAAGUUUUUUUCCUCACCAUUUUAAAUCAUCAGCAUUAUUUUUUACAACUCACUAUGGUAUGCUACAUGUUUCAUCUUUACAUUUCCAAAACUAGAGGCAUAAAUUGUAUGAGCUUUUAGAGAGUUCUAAUUUGUUUUAUGCACUUUUUUUUUUCAAAUUUGACUCCAUGGAAGUGCAUUUUAAUAACACUGACUUUGUGUGUAAGCAUUGUGCAUAUAUAUGUAAAAACCUUAAAACUUCUUCAGUAAAUAAAGGGAUAUCCUUUUUCUGCAUCUGCAUUUGUGAAAGAUAACAUUUUCAAGAUCUCAGCUCUUUAGGCAACUGUAUAUGACUGUAUAUGUGGUGGUGACCCAUUGUUGGUAUUUAAUUUUAAUUUUUUUAGCAAGGGGCGUCUCACUAUGUUGCCCAGGCUGGGCUCUAAUGAUCCUUCCACGUCAGCUUCCUGAGUAGCGGGGACUACAGGCGUGAGCCACUGCAUCCAGCUCCACUGUAGGUUUGGAUCAGUUUCAUCAAAAGACUUAGGUUUCAUCAGGAUAUUUCAAGUGACCAAACUAUAUAAGUGAUUUCUUUAUGAAUACAAUUUUUCUGCUCAUAACUGUUAUGCCUGUGUAACUGUGGGUAGCACACCUGAGUGCUUAUCAUUGCAAAAUUAUGUACAUUAUUAUUGCCAAUUUUAUUGUAUAAAGUAGCCCACAAAGUGUUCUGUUGUGUUUUUAUGUUUCUAAACUCUUUUAAAAAUGUAAAUAUGUUUUAAAGAACUUUUAGAAUUAUUUUUAUCAGAAUUAUGUAUUUGGGGUUUUGAUCUUUCAGGAUUCAACACUGGGGAUUAUGGCAUCAGAAACUGUCUUUUUGGAUUCUGGCCUAAACCCCUAGCCUUGUACCCUCGCUCCAUAGAUCUUCUAACAGCUCCUGGGCUUAAAUAUCUCCUCUUUCAUGAUGCUUCUCCUGAUUCAACCAACCAGUGGUGCUUCCCAUAGCAUUUUAGAAAGACCUGUUUUAUAGCAUUUAUCAAGGUAUUGACAUUUGUUUAGUUGUCUGCCCCUUCCAUGAUCGCAGUAGCAAACUUGUAGUACAACUAAUUUAGGUUCUUUAUUUUUCCACUUGCAUCCUGAGCAACCUCAAUAAAAGAUGCAUUUUCUGUCUUUUGUAAACACAAAAUGUAGCAUUGUUUGGUCUACUUGAUUAGAGUUACAACCUCUGUACAUUCUUGAAACUAAGAAGACCAGCAGACAGAGGAUAUUUGUAGAAUCUUCUCAGGAAUUGGUUUCAACAUAAGGGUCCAAGACCUUGGCAUUGCUGAGGUUUUCAGAAUUCUAUCUUUUAAGUUAAGCCUGUGACUAUUUACUAAUCUGAAAAUAUCUUUAACUUCUUUUUUUUAAUCUGUAGGCAUUUCUAAGAAGCACAUGACAUUCAGCUUUGAAUAGAAGAUUCAUUUGAAUGACAGUUUCUUUCAUUUAGUAGAGGGGAUUUUACUUUAAAUUUUGCUGACAGGUUUUCAUGACAGCCCUCAAAUGGAAGCUUGAAUUCACUUGUCACAGCUAUUAAAGAGUUGUUGUUGUUGUUGUUUUUUUUUUUGUUUUGUUUUUUUUGGUGGGGGAUGCAUUUCUGUGAUCUGGUCCUUCCACUUAUUAUUGCUAUUAUUGACCUUAAAAGUAUAGAAGAGAAGAAUAUAGACAAAUCCUCUAUUUUUGAAGGCUUGUUGUAAUCCAGCAUUGAAGUCAAUUCACUGUUGAAUUUUCCUCUUAAAAUCAUCAUCAUAAUGUGGCAGAAUCUUGCUACUUUUCACUUUAUACUUGAAAUCCCUUUAAUUCUCAGGAGAACAAGAGCACCUGGUAGAUUUUAUUUACUAUCAGCAAAGAAUGAAUAGCAGGAAAUGGUGUUAAGACUUUUUUUGUAUCAAAAGCAUUAAAAUAGAUAAGCCCAAGAUAGCAACGUAAUUGUAAUACUCUGUCUUGAUUAUGUUUUAUUUACAAUCUAUUUUAAUAUUUGUGUUUUAAUAUUAAAUUCACCAAUAAAAUAAUGUUCUAAAACUAUAGUAGAUAGCUUUUAUCUGAAGGUACAGUUAUCAGAAGUUUGCUGCUUUUCAUAUAGGGAAGCCGAUGUACAGAAUCUUGUGUAAUAUUAUCUGGUUUUUGUUAUUUGUCCUGGGGGCUAAGUGCUAGAUAAUGAGGAAAGAAUAUAUGUGGAAAAAUUAUUCUUCAGAAAUGUAUAUUAAAAUUCCAUUGUAUGGCAAUGCUAUUAAUUUUUGUAGGAAUUGCUCUUCACAUCUUAAAAACCAGACUAUCUACUAAUUCACCAAUCUUCUCUAUAUUCGACUCAUAUUCAACAACUAAAUAAGCAUGCAGUUUAAGGGGCAUGUUCUUUGUAAAUUAUUUGGAGCAUAGAUUUUUUCCUUUUUAUUACAACAAGGCUGCUGUAGGGACGCCUUUAUAAUAGGGCAGCUCUUUCCAUUAGAUUCUUGUUUAGAGAUUCUUAUUAUCAACCUUGAAAUGGGUGGUGUUAUUGUUGGAGCUUAAUAUUAAACAUGUCUUGAUUUACAUAAAUAAUUACCAUUAAAACUAUCACCUCAAGGCCAGGCGCAGUGGCUCACGUCUGUAAUCCCAGCACUUUGGGAGGCUGAGGUGGGUGAAUCAGUUGAGCUCAGGAGUUGGAGACCAGCCUGGGCAACAUGGUGAAACCCCGUCUUUACUAAAAAAAUACAAAAAUUAGCCAGGCGUGGUGGCGCAUGGCUGUAGACUCAGCCACUCAGGAGGCUGAGGCACUAGAAUCGCUUGAACCCAGGAGGCGGAGGUUGCAGUGAGCCGGGAUUGUGCCACUGCACUUCAGCCUGGGUGACAGAGCCAGACUCUGUCAAAACAAAACAAAACAAACAAACAAACAAACAAAACCCUCAAAAAACAAAACAACAACAAAAAAACAAAGUAUUACCUCAAAAUCUUUAAAUAGAAGAAGUUCACACUAGAAAACAGCAACCAAUGUUUUAAGAUGGAAAUAAUUGUCUGUUUAUGUGUAUAUGUUUGCUUUUAAAAUUUUACACUUUUAGGCAAAUUAUUUUUUUCCGUGUCAUAAAGAAAUUUUAUUUUAAUCCUCAUUCCUCUAAAAGAAUUUUUAUGAUUUUAUCAGCAUGAUACUUACAAAGAGCAUAUCCCCCUUUAGACAAAUUAUUUUAGGCAGCCAAGUUUAGUUUAUUUGGGUUUCAUGCUAUAAAUUAUGCUAAUUUAUGAAGGUUAUUUCUUGUUGGAUGCUUGUAGUAUUCGUAUAAUAUUUAAAUGCAAAAGAGAAUAUUAAUAUAAAGUGUUAUCAAUUAAAUUUUAUUCAACCUGAUAAUGUUUUCUGUGAUACAUGAUCAUCGUAGGUGUAUAACUAAUUUUGCAUUACCAUUUAUGAGUGAUAUAGUUGUGUUCUUUUUAAAGUGUGUAUGCAAUUAGUAGUGGUUAUAUUCAUUUCGUGAAAUCUCUUUGAAGGUCCUUUGUUUUAGGAGUGUAAGUAAUUUUCAUUAUAAUAUGUUCAUAUAUUUUUUAAUCUCAUUUCCAUAUGAAGGUAAAGAUGGGGUCAUUCUUAGAAUGAAAUAACUCUAUUCAGAAGGACGCAGUCAAAAGCUAGGAAUUCAUUUGUUAUCCCUCUGUAGUUGUUAGGACAGGAGCACUAAUCUGGCCAGCUAACCUUUAAAAGAACAUGCAAAGUCAAAGAUGUCAGGUUGUACCAGUAAAUAUUCACCAGCAAAGUUUUUACAUCAAAGACUGGAACUUUCGAAGAUGCUCCUGGGACUUAGUGUACUCUAACAUCUAUUCAUCCCUGGUACCUUAGGUGACUUGUCAUAGAAGUGCUACAUUUACAAGUAGUAUGCAAGGAGGCCCAAGAGGACAAAUUCAGUUAAAGGUCAAGGAAGCAAUUAACGUUCUCUACUUUUCCCUAAAGAACUUCCACAGCAAAUGUUGCCCUCCCCCUGCACCCCCAAUCUUACCAAGGCAAGUGCAUAUAGUGAAAUGGAAGUUAAAGUUCAAAUAAAACACGUUUCCAAUAUUAUUUGGUUCUUAGAGCUCUUCCUGAAUGUGAAUGCAUACUGUUGUUUAAGGUGAAGUACAGUGAAAAAUAUUAGAAGAGAUGGCUCUUGCUGAAAAAUACCAAAUUUCUAUUUCUUUGUUUCCCCUGCAUCUCUGUCAAGGGUGAAUGUUUGCAGUAGUGGUAGAGGUGGGUGGUAGGCUGGGCCCUUCCUGUGGAUGUGGUUAAAUUGGAGUUCUUUUGAGGAGUACAUGAUUCUGUUUGUAUUCUAAGCAGGACACACACACACACACACACACACACACACACACACAGACACGCACACGCAUGCACCCCAACCUUCUAUUUUCUAGUCCUUCAAAUUUUGAAAACUCUUGCGUUCACUCAGGUCUUUUCUUCUUUUUGUUGAACAUGUUGAACUCCCCAAAACUGUCCUUAUAAGGCCGAGUUUCAAGAUUUCUCACCUCCCAGUUGCUACAGUUUCUCAGUGUCCCUCUAAAGUGAGCCUUCCCUAACUGGAUGUACAAGUAUAAUCUGACUGGUGUAAAAGAAAGCCUCUACCUCCAUGAUUUUGGAAAUUACAUUUUUAAUGUGGGCUAGCUGCACCGAUUUUUUGAUGGUCAUAUUAAACUUUUGACUCAUAUUGAGCUUGUGGCCAAGUAAAUGUAUCUGUCUGUCCCCACCCCCUACACAGUGCUGCUAAACUCAGGCUGAAUACGGACUUUAGACUUAUCUUUAUUACAUUUCACAUUGUUAAGACCAAUCCAUUUUUACAACUGAAGACAUUUUCCUUCACAUUUAGUUUUCUAUUAUACUUGUUGUCCCCAUCACAUUUAUAUAUUCUGAAAAUUUUAUAAUACUUGUAAUGUCAUCAGUUAGUCAAACCAUUGACAAAACUGUUCAUCAAGGCAAAGCUGAGAACACACCAUUUAUUAGAAAUGUCUAUCCAGGUGGGCACCAAAGCCAAGAGCCUUAGGAGUACUGUGGAAAAGCACUUUCUUCCAAUCCAACAAUUCUUUAUAGGGAUGCCAUGAGAUACCACAUGUUUGUGUCUAUGGAUUUCCAAUUUUUCCAAGGGCAGGGACCAUGUCUACUUGGCUAGCUACUAUACUCCAUCACCCAGCACUGUGCCUGGGACACAGAACAGCUAGAAUUGCGCUAGGACGCCAAUAUGAAGAGGUGGGUUCUUAUAUUCCAUCACCAAUCUCUCUUCUAUUCUAUAUGAACUGAUUGGUGGCUCUUAAAAUAUAUUGCUUUAAAAAAGUACAUCAAUUAUUAUUUGUUGUGUGUAGCAUUGCAGAAGGAGAUAAUGGUGAUUUGAACUCCCAUGAAAAUAAGAAAGAUGUUGCCACCCUGAUGAAUGGAAAUACUAGCUUACAUUGAGAGUCAUUUUCAAAUAGUUUACCUUAUUAUUUCUCACCUAAAGUCACUGAAUAUUCAAAAGCUCCUUAGACUAAGCAGAAAUGCUGUAUUUCCAUCAAGUUCUUUUCUCUUUUCAUGGAUUUACUUAUACAACCAUUACCUUUUUCUUUUCCUUUCAGACACCAGAGAAGCCUAUGAUGACAAGCAGGUGGUCACAGAGAUCAUGGCAAGAUGUUUUAUUCCGACUCUGAUAACAACUACUUCCUGGGAAAGUUUUCAUUUUAUUGGUCAUGAGAUUCGAAUUACUGAGGCCGUGGAUUGUUAUGGUGCUGUUGUUUGGCCAUCGGCCCUUGUUCUAUGCUAUUUCCUGGAAACAAAUGCAAAGCAGUAUAAUAUGGUUGACAAAAACGUGAUUGAAAUUGGAGCUGGAACAGGGCUAGUCUCCAUUGUGGCAAGUUUACUUGGUGCUCACGUGACGGCCACAGAUUUACCUGAAUUACUUGGAAACCUGCAAUAUAAUAUUUCCCGAAACACCAAAAUGAAAAGCAAGCAUUUGCCUCAGGUUAAAGAACUCUCCUGGGGAGUAGCUUUAGAUACAAACUUCCCCAGGUCUUCUAAUAAUUUUGACUAUAUUUUGGCAGCGGACGUAGUCUACGCUCAUCCUUUCUUGGAAGAGCUCCUCAUUACCUUUGACCAUCUGUGCAAAGAAACCACCAUCAUCCUGUGGGCCAUGAAAUUCAGGUUGGAGAAGGAAAAUAAAUUUGUAGAUAGAUUUAAGGAGCUGUUUGACCUGGAGGAAAUUUCCAGUUUCCCUAGCCUGAAUAUUAAGUUGUAUAAAGCUGUGAAGAAAAACCGGAGGAGCGUAUGACAUCCUCGAUGAGGACGUGGAAAUGCUAAGGCAAUUUUUAGCAAAUAAUCACUUUAAAGAAAACCCUGAAUAACUUUAUGUGCCACUGAGUUUCCCAAGGGGAAAUACACACACACACACACACACACACACACACAAAACCCCCUACUACAAGAAUAGAAGAUAGUUUCCCAAAUUUGCCUCACCCCAGGCAGUAAUUUUUCCAGAUACUGCAUGUGAGUCUGUAGGAUUGGGGUAACUUGUUCCUAGUUUGUCUCUAUCAGCACCCAGGCCCUGGGCCUGCCUUCUACUCAUGCGGUAAUAGAAGCUCUUGGCAAAGUCACACUGUGCUGUUGUUGUCUGCUCUCCUUAUUCCUUAUAUCAUCAUUUAUUAUUAUUUUAAUAAUGGUGCAAUUAUUAUUUUUAAUGUAUAAUAACAAAAUGAUAGUUUUUAAUAAUAUCUCUUCAGUGAAACUUGUUAUUCUUUUAAACAUAAGCGUAGAUGAGUCUUUAGAAAUAAUGAAAUUGACUCCAGUGGGAUCUGCAAAUAAAUCUGAACAGGCAGAUACAUAAUGUAAUGGUGAAUCUCAGACUUGUGUGGUUUUCAUUAGUGCCAGCUUAUAGGUGGUCUGUCAUCUCUGCCUGGCAGAGUAGACCUCUGAUGUAACCUCUGAUGAUAUCAGUCAAGCUUGUGGAUUUGAGGUCAUGGAUGAGGACAUUUUAUUCUGCUAAAUGAAAAGUGAAUGAAUGCAAGCAAAAAUUGUUGAGACAUUGGAGAAGUUAUUGUUUUGUUUUAAGCCAACUAUCAUUAUUUUGUAUCACAAAAACAGAAAUAAAUAUAAAUGCUUUGGGUUAAAAAUACAUAUGAAAAGAUUUAGGCCUCUAAUCUCAGAUAAUCAGACAUAUAGCUGGUUUUCAAGUUUAAAGCUCUUCUGAUGAACAUAUAUACAUCUAGAUACUUGAAAUAUUAUGUGACUUUUUCACAUAUGCUUUCCUUAGAGACUAGAAUAAAGUCUGUAGUAAUUCAAGUCAGUGCAAAAAGAGCAAAGAAUUAGGAUUUUGUACUAUGUAACUGCCUAGACGACGCUGGUUGGCAAUUACUCUGCUGUGUCCCCAGUAACAUUUUUUAGGCUGUUGCUGUGCCCUCGGGGUGAUACUUUCCUUCCUAGAAUUAGUCCUUUCUGCUUUGCUGAAAGUUUUCUGUCUACUCCAGGUUGAGUAUAGAUGAAAAGAAUAUUUUCUAGGACUCUGAUCAGUAAGUCAGGAUACAAAUAUACUCCAGUGUAUUUUAUUUUAUUUUUUUAGUACAUGUGGUUCAUGGGACCAUCUCUCAAUAAUUCCCAAUAUUUACAUAGAUCUUUGUCAUUUUCACAGUCUGUUACUUACAUAAAGUCAUUUAAUCCUCACAACCAUUCUAAGAGGUAGAAGCUAUGCUAUCCCUGCUUCACGGAUAAAGAAACUGAGGCUGAGAUGUCCCCUGGCUACACAUCUGCAGAGUGGCAGUGCUAGGACAUUCAAGUCCAGGUCUGUAUGAGCCCAAAGCUGUAUUAACCACUGCACUGUCUUUAUGUAUUUAAAACAAGAAUUUUCAAGCUUUUAAAAACAGGUGAAGUCAUUUCUUCAAAAUAUAAUAAAUAUCCAGAAAGAUAAGCAAAUAAAUUAAAAAAAUGAGAACUGUUCCAUUUUAAAACUUUUAUUUCCUAUAUGAGUAGGUCAGGGUAGGCUUGUUUCGAAGGCAGUAUUUAGGUGAAGCUGACAGGAGGUAGCAGUGCAGGUGUCUGGGGAAGGGUGUUGCAGGCAGAAGGAACAACCACACAGGGAUCUGGAGGCAGGAGCCAGCCAAUCCUCUGGAAAUAUCAAAGGCCCAGUGUGCUUGGCACAGAGUGAGCAGGAGAGGCUGGCGCAGAGUGAGCAGGAAUUCAGAGAGGCUACAGGGAGCUAGAUCACGUAGGACUGUGUUGCAGGCUGGGUUCUCUAGAAACAGACUCUGAGAGGGAAUUGGGUGAGCAGGUCAUUUUUUAGGGAGUGCUGUUGAAAUGAAGACCUAUGGAAGGGAGUGGAAGGAAGUAGGACAGAAACAGGUCAAGCUGCAAUGCAGGCCCGGUAACAGUUUGAGGUGACCCCCACAUGGAGCACUGUCCUGAGAGUGGCCUCUGGAGUUGUCCUGAUUGGGGAGAUAUGUCUGGGCCUUUAUGACCCCGUGUGGCCCAGUCAUUGGAUAUGGGCUGCCCUGGGAAGACUCUGUGACCUUGGAUGAGGUGACUUCAGCUGAGGCAGUCCUGAACACGUUGACAGCUGUGGGCUGCCUGCCACCAGCUCCAGCAGCUGGGGUUAGGUCACCCUCAAGAGGAUCUGGGUGGCUUAUCAUAGGGUCCAGCAUGAUCUUUAGGCCCCAGAAAGAGCUCUGGCUUUUCUUCUGGUGGAAUGGAGAAUCUCUGAAUGGUUUUGUGAGUAGAGGAGUGAAAUAAACUUUCCUCAUGUAAGGACCACUGUGCCUAGCAUUUUGAGACUAGAAUGGGGAGAGAUGAGACCAGGGAGAGGCUGCCGCAAUCUGAUGUGGCAGCCUGCAUUGGAGUGACAAGAAGCGGCCAGUUCUAGACGUGUUUGGCUGCCAGAGCCAACAGACCUUCCCACCAUGUAGACUGUAGAGUGUGUGGGAGAAAGAGUCAGGGCUGAGCCACUGUGCAUACAUUUAGAGUCAACAGCUUAGAGAUAGUUUGUGAAGCUCCCUCAGGGAACAAAAAGACUAGACAGAGACUAAAACAAGGACUAGGCCCCGAGUCCUUAAGAGAUCACAUAUGGGUGUGUAUACUGAGAUGAUUUUGAAGGUUCUGCACACUCUCCCCCACUCCAGUUAUAUGAGUAUCUGUUGACUCUGAACAACAUGAAUUUAAUACCACAGUGGUUUUUGAACUGGUCAGUAGAGUUCCAAGGUUCCCAAAAGCUGCCUCUAGAGGCUUCUAGGAGCCUGAGAGUUGUAAAUGCUGCAGGAACCUUGGGGUAACAAAUGAAAAAAAUGACUCCUCUGCUAAGAAAAUAUUUGAAUAUCAUUGCUAAGUUAUUUUUAGGUAGAAUACAUAAGGUGUCCUUUCAAAGACAGCAUUAGGACCAAACCAACCAUACAAUUCUAUAAAGUUCCUCUUUCUCUAUGUGCCAAUCUGUCAAACGCAGUGUUCCAGAUUCAUUGUUUUAUUCUGUUUAUAGCAUUCACACCCAAAGUUUAACACCCAGCCACACACAUCAUGUCCCUCUUCUCCACUUCAUUUGAUUAUCCACUUCAUUCUUUUAUUCUUUUGUCUUUUUGCUGCAGUUUCUCCAUACUUUUUAGAUCCAAUUUUACAAUAAUUUAAUUUCAAAAGAUGUAAUUAGAGUAGGCCUUUUCUACCUUACUUUUUUCUUUUUUUUUUGGACUGGGAAUUUAUUUGUUAACUUCCGUCCAAGGGAGUUAUACUGUGAAUUUUCGCACCUUUUUAUCUGGCUUUUUGACAAAUUAUAUUAUGUUAUUAAAAACCUUGGUCCAAUUCUUUCAGUAACUUUCUGGAUUUCCAAUAGUAUGAACUUACUGAUUGUCAAGGUUUUAAUAUAGGUUAAUGCAGAAUAGCUAUCACUCCACAGAAGACACCCCAACCUGCAGGAGAUUCUCUGCAGCUUAAAAUUACACACAGGUAACCUUGAGAGUUCUGUUCCCUAGACCGUAUCAACUGUCUUUGGAAACCAAGUACUGCACCAAAACCUUCUAUCUUGGAAUGUAAUGAUAUAUCCUCUUUUAUUUGUACCAAUUUUUGUCUACCAGAAUUUAUAAAAAAAGUUUUUUUUUCAUUCUGUAUUCAUACUCUGUUCCCUUUCUUUUGGAUAAAGAAUUGGUGACAUUGGGUAACUUCCUAACAUAUCUGCAGCCAAAUAGGAUGCUCAUUAUAUUGUGGAAGAGAUAAAGCAUAACAGAAUGGACUGUUCCUUUUCUUCAUUAAGGCCUCAGAGUCUAGGAGCUUGGCCUUCUCAGUGAAAGCCUGGUCUAUAUAGACAGAGACCAUGUCUCAUUUGUUUAGGUAGCACCAUUUGCACAUGAGCAGACAAAUAAUUUCUAAAUAUCAUUUGGAAGUGAAACACAUCCACUGAGUAGAAUUUUGAUACAAGAAGAGAUUUGCAGGUAUUAAAUUGGAAAACUAGCUGGUGAUCUUGGGUUGUAGAUAUAAAAGAAUUAAAGUCAACCCUAAGUAAAUCAGACAAGUAAGCUUAUUGAUAAGACUAAAAUAAAUUUAAUAUACUGUGCUUCUUCCUACUUCAUUUUAAUUUAGUUUUCAUGGAAAUCUGUAGGUGAAGAAAAUAAAAAUGGUCAAAAAUAUGUUUUUUUAAGUCAUAUGUAAAUUAUAAGGCGAUAAUAGGAAAUAAAAUUGGGAAUGGAGCAAGUGAAUAAUUUGUAGAAGUGUUAAUAGGAAUACAGACACAGCAAAAUUUAAAAAUUAUAGACAUUUGUGUUAGUGUGUAUGUGUGUGGACCCAGUUCCUUCUAUCUUCCUUAUGAAGCCUGGAAGUGGUUUGUGAAUGAGUUCCACACCCAGGUAUCACCGUGUUUGAGUUUGUGAUGUGAAAUUAAGUCUAGGAUAUUACCUGCAAGUCCAGUGUCAAUAUUUGCUUUGCUUUCAAGUUCCACACAAAAUCAAAGACAGCAUUCUGUAUAAUUAUACUGUAGUAUUAACGGGAUAGUUGUGUCUUAGGUGCCUUGGUUAGCAUCAAUUAGUUCUGCGGUCAUAUUAACUCCUUUUUGAAGGAUUCCUGAGCUAGACAUUCGUGUUUGCUCAGGUCGCAUAUGGCUGUGUAGUACUUAGAUUGCUGGGCAUACACUGUUGACUGCUUAUUCUGUUGAACUAACCUUUGGUCUCUAUCAUAAGCAAUGCUUUUACUCUCAAAAAUCCUGCUCAAAGGCAGGAUUUUUUCCUCUCUGUUCUUUGUUUGUUUGUUUCUAAGGCAAUUGUCUUUUCCUGAAAUCCAAUCAAGUUUUAGAAUUGGCAUUUACCAUCAAGCAAUUUCAAGGGAUUACUAAAAGCAAUAACAGAUAUCCAGGUCAGUUUUGUGAUAAAUGGUAUUAAUGGAAAAAACAUAGAAAAAUAUUGAAUAUCUUCUGCCAACCACGAACACUUUAUCAAACCAAAAAAUAUUGCUUGGUGUUUCAAACAAAAGCACAAACAGAAUAAGAUUAAAAUAUGCCAUUAAAAAUAUUUUAAUAGCUGGGCAUUAUUUCAUGAUGCUACAAAUAUAAGUAUAAAAUUUUUAAAGUGACUUAUUUGGCAAAUGCUAGAUUUUGUAGUUUAGGUUUUGAAAGUUUCUAUAUUCUCAUUGUCCAUAGUCUGUAAUGCCUAUACUCUUUGUUUUAAGUUUAAAUUACCUCCACUGGAUUUUUUUUUUUAUUUUUAGUGUCAUGAUUUAAUUUGGGUGUUCUUAUCUAGUGCCAUGAUUUAAUUUGGGCUUCUUAUCUACUUCUGUGUUUUCUUUGUUAGUAGAGUAUAAAUCAUAAUGGCAAAGGUUGUCUCUUUGUCACAAACCAUCAUAAAUAAGCCCAAAGGACAGGCCAUAAAAAUGUAAGAAAUUCUUAGAUUAAAAAACAUGAGUAAUGCUUCUACCUACCUGGCAUGCAGAGGUAAAAGUACAGUUGGCAACUGGUAAAUUAUUAACACUUUUCUACCAAGGAUUUCCUUAUUCCUUAGUAUCUCUGUGAUUAAUAGAUAGUCAAUUUAAGAAUUAGAAGAUGUAAAACAUAAUAAACACAUUUUGUAAUCACGUAUUGGAAAGAAAUUAAGGAAACAUUUUGUGCAACAUUCAAGGGGUCAGGGGAACAAAAUACUAGAACUCUUGGAAACAGAUUUCAUAUUUUUUUAAGAAAUAAUUCAAGGAGGCUUAAAGGGAAUUAUAAGAAUGCAACUAUUAAUUAAUGCGUAAUAAAUAGUUGAAUAAAGAAUAAUUAAUGCGACUACCUUUUACUUUCCUUGAAUUUUAGUUUUUCUUCUUUUGGAAGCCUCUAAUGGUUGUCAUUCAUUCAUUUAUUUAUUCAGUAUUUACUGAAAACCCACAAUGUGCCAAGCAGGGGCUGCAGACACAAAAGUGAAUAGACAGACAGAGCCAGUCCUCACGGAGGCCAUGAGCCCAGUGCAGAUGGGCAGAGGCAGAACUGGGGAUGUCCUGGUAGGGGGAAUACAUGAAAACCAAUCAGUGCUAGGUGUCCUGGCAGGGGGAGUUUAACCCACAACCAGGGCACAGUGAGGGCUUCUGGGGGAAGGUUUAGCUGGGUGAAGGAGAUGGAGGUGAGGGCAGAGAGGAGAGACAGGACAUGUCCUAGGCAGAAGGAAGUGUGUGUGCUAAGCUUUGGGGGCAAAUAGGAGUGACUUGUUCCGAUGACUCGCUGGAAAGACUGUAGCUUCUAUGAACCUUUGCUGAAGUAAUAACCAUUAUUAGUGGAAUACUCACUGCUUUCAGGACUGUUUUUAGAGAUUUCCAAUAUAGCAUCUCACUGAAUCAUCCUGACAACCCUAGCGGCAUUAACCCAAUUUAUAUAUGAAGAUAUUGCGGCUCCGCAGAAAUAAGCCUCCUCCCAGGUUACACAUGGGUGGCAGUUGUUGGGAUGGGAACCUCUGUCUCUACGGCACCAAAGCUUGUGCUGUUUACAGAGUAUGGCCUUGUGUAAGUUUUCCACUCUGAGCCCUGCAAGGAAAUCUCGAAUUUUAAUUUUAUUCUAGCUAAUUUGGAGCUAUCCAGUUUCGUAAACCUUGUCUUCGUUUGCCACCUGAUCACAAAUUAGCUUAAGUGGGCUACUCUUGAGAUGAGCCUGCAGAAAUGUACUCCUGUUCAUAAUAUGUCUCCAAGAGUAGAAUUUUAUGAAUCCACAUACAUACCCAGCAAAGACUUCACUAAGUUUUUCUUUGCAAGGAAUAUUGAGCACGUAUUAGAGAGAUUAAUUUAAAGGUGUAUGUUGAUCUUAAAACACUAAUGUGGGAAGCGAAAGACCGUAUUAUAUAAAGGAGAUGCUGAGGUGGAAGCAAAUGCUGUUCUUUUGCUUGGGCAAUGGCUCAGGAAGAAUGAAAUGAAUGAAAUGCGGGCUGCCCUCUGGUGACUUUUCAGCAGAGAAGGCCAAGGGGGUGGGGAUGAACUUUAAAACCUCAUCUGAUCUGUUUGUGGCCAUAUUCUGUGAACGGUGCUGAUGUUUAUAGGUCUGUUACUAGGCGGGAACUCUCCCUGAAUCAGCAGAGUUAAGCCAUGGGGUGAUGUGAGAACACCAGUUCUUGGAAACCACCUUUCAGCAAUCUUUCAACGGGAGGGCCUGCAUGGACUCAGGCAGCACAGCCUUCCAAUGCCAAAGACCAGGCCAUAGGGACCUAGUGGGAGAAUGGAAGGACACCAGUAUCUUUGGCAGCAAAGUGCUUGUCUAAGUGGAAAUGGCCUUUGGUGCCCGUUAGCCUGAAGUUGGCCAGGCACCUCUGUCCCUGGAGGGUGAUAUUGCAGAGUAAGCUGCAAGCCCUGGCUGGAGCCCUCCGACAGGUGACAGGAUGUAAGCUGA